UGGUACUAGAAAGCCUUGAUGUGUGGAGUUUGGCUGUUCUCUCUGUGCAUACGUGGCUGAUUGAAUAUUUUUUUUAAUGCUGACUUCAUUCACAAUAAUAUAUUGCUCAUUACUCAUCAAACUGACGGUGCGCAUAUGGACAAACACCUCAUUUAACCCCCGCUUAAAAGAAGCCGCACUGUCCCUUUAAGUUCUCCACUACAUUCGACGUGGAGUUGUCCUAAAUUACCUGAUCCAACUGUACUUUGGAUGCCUAGAGAUAAACUUUGACUUUGGUUGUUCUUAUAAAACCGAUAAGUCCCGCUCCUGCAAGAGAUUUCCCUCUCUGACUUUGACUUGGGGAGCUUGUUCUGCCAAUUUAAAGUAACAAACAGUGAGUGAAUUAGAGGUUAACUCCUCCCUAAACCCAGUUAAGGCCUUUAAUAGGAGUGAGAGGAGCCGUCCAUCAGACCAGCAUCCCUCGCAGGCUCAGAUAGCUGUGGAGAACAUGAGGACACUUCAAGACAAAAUCGUCCUCCUUUCUGUCCUUCUGUCCCUGCUAUGUCUCACUCAGGUCAACACACUGCCUGUUCCUGAGGACUGGAACAGCUUGAUCCAGAGAACCAAACGGUCCCUGCUGUGGCGCUGGAACAGUCUGAAACCUGUUGGAGCCAGCUGCAGGGAUCACUUAGAGUGUGGCACAAAAUACUGCAGGAAAAACAUCUGUUCAUUCUGAUACUUCAGCAGAAGAAGCAGCACACAGACAUCAUUCUGUCAGGAAGAGAAAAACAAAAGUCUCCCCCCGCGGACCCCAACCCUGCCUCCAUCUAAAGGCGUGAUGGAAGUUUUUCAGCUCCUGCACGUUCAGCCGGAGUCACCCCGCUCCUGCAGGAAACAGAAAAACAAAGCUGUAAAAGCUGAUUACUCCUGUGUGAAAUGUCACCGUUGGGCAGGUUGUGUAACCUGUGUGUGUUCUUGAUAAGAAAAUAUAAACAUCCCUGCUCAGUUUGUCA